AUGAGCGCAUCGACUCCCCGCCUGCGGUCUGGGUUUCCAGCUACCCCAGCUACCACCGCUCGACGAUAUCACGAUCAACAGCAGACUCCUACCUCGACCGGCUCGACAUCUUCUGCAAAGGCACCGAGGUCUCCCGCUCUGCCUCUCGCCCCCGAAAAUGUCCAAGCGCACGCCGCCGCGAGCCAGCCUGUCAUCCCCUUGACCGUUCUCGAUGCCCCCCAGCAACGACUCUAUGCCUUUGGUGUUUACGUCCUUCUGUGGGCGUGGAAGCUCUACGACUGGCUCCAGGUUCUCGAGGAUGGUGAUACUUCUUGGUUCCUAUUCCUAAAAUGGAUCUUUAUCGACUUUGCAUUUCUUUUCGGUGUUCCAGAGCUCAGGAUACCAUGGCUCGAGCUCUCGCAGCCCGUUGUCACCACCGUCUUUUCUCUACACCUUGUACUCAACUAUAUGCUCAUGUUUAAUAUUCCGAUCCCGUGGCAAUCGUGGCUCCUCGGCUUCGUCAAAGUCCUCUACGACCGUGAAAUCUCCAUCUCCGAGCGCGGUGUCAAGGUGUCGAGCAUCCUCAACAACCACUCCCUCAUUAUGGGAAAGCAAAUCAUCAACAUCUUGCCUGAGGGUUCCGCUGUCCUCAAUCCUGAGGGAAAGCCAUUCUGCUUGACCACCAAGCCUCGGAAUGUUGCGUCCUUGCCGAUUUAUUUCAACGCCACCAUCCCUGCCGAAAUCGAGCUGAUCCGAAUCGACCUCGACACAAACAAAGAAGAGACGAUCAAGAUUUCGCAUCGUGAAGUCGGCAAGGUGGCCAAGCAAAUUCGAGAGCACACCGCCGACCAGACCACUUCUGGCUUUCAGUGGGACUACCCGGUUAAGAAGCCAGGCGUCUACCGACUUGGAAAGGUUUUGGAUGAGUACAAGCUUGAAGUUCAGCGGACCAUCAAGGAUACAUACGUCGUGCCCUGUCCCCAAGCCAGAAUUAGAGCUUCUGAAGACAACGAGCGUUGUAUCCAGGACCUUUCCAACCUCGCACUGGACGUAUACGGCACGCCUCCUCUGAAGAUUCUGUACAGCCGUACAAUCAAUGGCAAGGAUCACAGCUUCCACUUUCAGCAUCUCCAACCUGAUGGCUUCUCUUCGCCGCUUCUUGGCGCCUCCUCAGGUCUUGUUCCAGAGGAUCCAGACGACAUCUCGUGGGUCAGCCCACGCAAGGUCACUGUCGGCCUCAACGAAUCAAUGACAUCCUCGGGCGAUUGGGAAUAUUCGGUUGAUGAGGUCCACGACGCCUUUAACAACGUGGUCAAGUAUGCUGAAACUAAUGAUCAAGGCGAAAAGUCCAAGUCAAAGGCCCUGACCCGCCAUUUCAAGGUCAAGGAGCGUCCCAAGGCCCGUCUGGAUGGUUGUGAUUUGCGCAACCCCGUCAAGGUUGCCAAAGGAAACACCGCUAGGCUUCCUGUUAGCUUCUCCAUGGCUGGUCCCAACGAUGACACCUCGUAUGAGAUCACUUGGGAGUUUUCCCCCAUUGAUUCCCUCACCAACAGCGGAGACCAUGGAGACGAGGUGUCGGUUGGAAGCUACUCGGCUAGAGAUGGCAAGGACAAGCCCUUGGUCUCAGAGCCCGGUCUGUACACUUUGAAGUCUGUGUCCAGCGGAGCUUGCAAGGGGGAGGUUCAUGAGCCCUCUUCCUGCCUCCUUCUGAACCCUCUGGAGCCCUCUCUCUCUAUCCGCUCAGAGGACAUUCCCGACAAAUGUGCCGGCAACUCUAUCGGACUCCGAGUGGAUCUGGAUCUCGUUGGUACUCCUCCUUUUGUUGUCCGGUACGAUGUCGUCACCGAUGGGCAUGUUGACAGACAGGUCCAUCGUGUCUCGGGACUUCGAUCUCAACUGGAGUUGGUACCCAAGAUGGCGGGUCGCCACAAGUAUGUCUUCAAGUCUAUCGACGAUGCUAUCUAUCAAAAUCUGCCUCUCAGUGGCGAUGACAAGGUCUUGGAGCAGGUUGUCAAGCCUGCGGCCUCGGCCAUGAUUGCUAGCUCUAGCAAGACCAUCAGCGCCUGCUUGGACUCCGAGGUUGAGCUUGAUGUGGUUCUCUAUGGUGACGCCCCCUUCAAUCUGGAGUGGGAGAUUGUCCAUGACGGAAAGCGAAAGUCGGAACGAGUUACGGGUAUUGAGGAGAACACCUUCAAGAUCAAGACGGCGACACUGAGCAAGGGUGGAGAGUACAUCCUUGCCUUGAGCAGCGUCCAGGAUACACGUGGCUGCCGAACCUUCCUUCAGGAUCAGGUCAAGAUCGCAGUCCGACGACAACAGCCCAGGGCUGCCUUCGGCUUUGUUGAGCACAAGCAAAAGAUCAUGGCCGUCGAAGACACACCGCUGCGCCUGCCUCUGCGUCUCCAGGGAGAACCCCCUUUCAACAUCCAGUACAGGAACCUCGACGGCUCAGGCGAGGUGAUUACCAAGCAGGCAAAGAGCGCCAACGACUUCCUGCUCGUCAGGACUCGAGGUACCUACGAGCUGAUUGAGGUUCGUGAUAAUCAGUGUCCUGGAUCUGUCGAACCCUCUGCAUCCAAGUUCGAGGUGGAUUGGUUCCCGCGGCCCGAGAUUUCCCUCGUCGAGUCGGCGAGCAUUAGCCCCAGCGAUGGUCUAUUUGUCAAGCAGGACGUCUGUGAAGGAGAUAUCGACGGUUUCGAGGUCAACCUCAAAGGAUCACCUCCUUAUCAUGUGCAGUAUGAGGUCAGGCACAAGUCAUUCCAAGGUUCCAGCGCCAUCAGCAGGAAGGAAUUCGAUGCUGCCCUCUCGAAGGCAGCCAUCUCAAUGGACACUCUCAAGGCCGGCGACUACACGUACAGGUUCUCGGCUCUUGCGGAUAAUCUCUACAACAGCGACAAGAACUUCAGCCCUCUCAUCAUCCAGCAGCGGGUCAAUGCCAAGCCCUCAGCUGUCUUCACGAAGCCCGGGCAGUCGUUCAAGUAUUGCAUGGAGGAGCAGGAGCAGGAAGACAAGAUUCCGCUCACCCUCACCGGUGUUGCCCCCUUCUACGUCGAAGUUGAGAUCAAGCACCAGGCUGGUUCUCCUCCUGAGACCUACCGCAUCCCCUCUAUCGACUCUAACUCGUAUGGCAUGAGAAUUCCCCGUCAGCACCUCCGUCUUGGCACACAGCAGGUCCGCGUUCGUACCGUCCGCGACGCCCGUGGCUGCCAACGCAAGUACGAGAUUGGCGGACCUUCGGUUCAGAUUCAGCUCUUCGAGGCGCCAUCGAUCUAUCCCCUCGAGUCCCGACGCGACUACUGCGUCGGUGAGCGUAUCGCUUACACACUCUCUGGAACUCCUCCUUUCGAUAUCACCUACGACUUCAACGGUAAAUGGAACGCCAAGUCUCAGACAACCAACUUCCGCCGUAUCGCUGAGAAGCCCGGCGAGUUUACGAUCACUAGCAUCUCGGACAAGGCCAGCGAAUGCCGCGCCGCCGUCAACAUCCCCAAGACGAUUCACCCGAUGCCCAGCGUCCAGAUCAGCCGCGGCAAGCAGUCCCGCGUGGACAUCCACGAGGGCAAUGAGGUGGACAUUCUGUUCGAGUUCUGGGGCACACCUCCUUUCGAAUUCACGUACACUCGUAGCACCAACGCCAAGAAGGGCCAGCGCAGCUCUGUCCUCGAGACGAGACACGAUGUUUCGUACGAGCAUAGCAAGGUGGUCAAGGCGAGCCAGGAGGGUACGUACGAGGUUGUGGCCAUCAAGGACAAGUACUGCUCGUUUUCAACACUGCAGGUAGAGAAGAGCGAGAAGAGGUAA